AUGGCAAUGUUCUUGAAAUUAUUCUUCACUACUUCAAUGGGUUCAAAAUGUAAAGAUGAUCCAAAUAUGCCACAGGUUGGCAUGAUCGUGACGCAUAAGGCGGGUAGGUGGAAAGUUAUGAAGAACAUAGCGUCAGGGCCGUUCUCAGAUGUGUUUAUAAUCGCCGACGCCGAGGACUCAAAAAAGAAGUACGCCAUGAAGUGCGAGAAACAGGAGGGAAACGCUCGGCCAGUGCUGAAGCUCGAUGUGCUAGUGCUCAUGUCAGUGAAAGGUGCUGUAGGAUUUCCGCUUUUUAUAGCUGCAGGAAGAACAAGCACGUAUAGGUACUGUGUAAUGCAACUUGUGGGCCCUGACUUAGGAAAACUGAGGAGAAGCCUCAUCGACAAAAGAUUUUCGCUACCAACAGCACUGCGAGUUCUUCAGCAAACCUUGCGGAGAUUAGAGGUGUUACACGAUGCAGGAUGGCUUUGCCGGGAUGUGAAAGCUCCAAACUUUGCAAUAGGUCUAGGGACUGAGAGCGGUGUGAUUUACAUGCUUGAUUUCGGGUUCGCUAGGAGAUAUAAAGAAGCGAAUGGAGAAAUUAUACCUCCACGUGAAGCAGCUGCCCUAUUAGGAACGUUUCAGUACACUCCUCUCGCUAGCCAUUAUCACAAAGAUCAAGCGCCUAAGGACGACUUGGAAAGUUGGUUCUACAUGGCGGCCGAACUGCUGAAGGGCCCUCUACCAUGGUGUAAAAUAGACGGCCACAAGGAGCAUCAGUUGAUUGCUGAACAGAAAAAGCUUAUCCGAAAGGAGCGAAGAGCAGAGUUUAUUGAGGGGAUGCCCCGCGAGUUCGACGUUAUCCUUUCAAUGAUUGACAAUAUGAAAUUUUUCGAGCGGCCGCCUUACGACGUUCUCCAAUCGUUAAUAGACCAAGCAGCAGAGAAACUUGGGAUCACUCUGCAUGAACCAUUUGAUUGGCAGACCAAUGCUCGUGUGCUGAGAAAGGCAGAAUUUGUUGGUGAACUUGGAGAGUCCAAUUUGGCAUCGUUAAAAAUGGAAGAGGAAGAAGGAGAAGAAGAAAGUGAAUCUUCAGACGUCACAGCCUCAACAUUGGAACUUAAAACUUAA